CGUUUCAUAAUUAACUGAAUUAGUUUGCCAACGACGCCGGUGGUUCUUACUACGUGUCCGCAGCUUCUCUAAAAUAAGAUUUGCUAAUUAAAUUGAAAAGAUGCACACAUUUUUAACAAGAGGAAAUGCUACCGUAGCAUACACCUUGAGCAUACUUGCAGGUUUAACAUUUUGUUGUUUUAUAUCAACAGUUUUUCUGGAUUAUAGAACAAACGCACGUAUAAACACUGUGAAGAUAUUGGUCAAAAAUAUGCCAGAUUAUGGGUCUUCAAGGGAAAAACAUGAUUUAGGUUUUAUAACAUUUGAUUUGGAAACUAAUCUUACCAGUCUGUUUAAUUGGAAUGUUAAGCAGUUAUUCCUAUACAUGACUGCCGAAUACAAGACAGCUGAAAACGUUUUGAACCAAGUAGUUCUCUGGGAUAAAAUCAUUUUGCGUGGGGAAAACGCAGCUUUGGAUUUCAAGAGCAUGCAUACAAAAUAUUAUUUCUGGGACGAUGGUAACGGUUUAAAGAACAACAAAAACGUUUCUUUAUAUUUGUCAUGGAAUAUUAUACCAAACGCUGGAUUGUUACCAACAGUAAAAUCUCAUGGCGGUCAUAUUUUUAAGUUCCCUGCUGAGUACACUGCAGCACCGAUGUAAAUAAGAAGAUCAUUUUUUAUUUAUUUUACUAAAAAGUAAAUAAUUAUUAAACAAAAAAUU